GGAGGGGCUGCGUGAGGAGGCACAGAGGAGCUGAGGGUGAUCUGAAGGAGAGAGGAGUCCUCACUGCUGCUGAUGGGAGUGGAGCUUGGAGAUGCUGCUGCUGCUGCUGCUGCUGCUGUGUUAGGACGAUGCUGAUGCUGUAGUGGGAGACAUGCGCUUCUCUGCACUCCUCUGUCAGGUCACACUGUACUUACUGUAAAGUCCGGUCCGGUCCGGUCCAGUUCCUCUGCCGCUUCCCUGCUGGAGUCUGUCCUUGCUGGAGUCCGGGAUGGUCGCUUCUCCUCUGCGCACACUGCUGCUGGUUCUACUGGCUGUGCUGACAACAUACGCCCAGAUAGAGAUGAAGAGGGUCGUGGGGGACAAUGCCACGCUGCCCUGCCACCAUCAGUUCUGGGUGGGUGAUGACCCCACCCUGGACAUAGAAUGGCUGUUUUUGAAGAGAGUGGUCAUCACCUACUUCGCUGGAAGGGUAUUUGACCCAAACGAAGCGGAGCGUGGCCGCGUGGCCUUCGCCGGGGAGUACUUAAAGGGGGACGCGUCCCUGCUGAUCAGUGACCUGACUCUGACAGACUCAGGAGAGUACAGCUGCAAAGUCAAGAACGGUGCACAGUACCACUGGAGCACCAUCCGCCUCAUAGUGCUGGUGAAGCCGUCCAAGCCACAGUGCUGGAUGGAGGGCAAACUGUUGGAGGGCGGCGACGUAAAGAUGAGCUGCAAGUCUGCCGAUGGCUCUGAUCCCAUCCACUACAAAUGGGAGAGGGUUCUGGACAAGGGCAAGUACGUUGGCAAGCUCCCUCCACUGGCCCUGAUAGAUUUGAAAAACCCCGAAAUUGUGACAUUGAGGAACUUGACCAAGGACAGCACUGGAGUCUACAAAUGCACAGCCACCAAUGACGUGGGAGAGGAGAGCUGCACAGUGGAGGUUAAGAUGCACUAUGUGAGAGGAAUGGGCGUGGUGGCAGGUGCGGUGGUUGGCGUUUCCUUCGGCGUCCUUCUCAUUAUCAUCAUCAUCUGGUUGGUGUGUCGCAAGAAGGAGAUGAAGAAAUAUGAAGAAGAAGACGCUCCAAAUGAAAUCAGGGAGGAUGCUGAAGCUCCAAAGGCCAAACUGGUGAAGCCCAACUCCCUCUCCUCGUCCCGCUCCAACAGCUCACGCUCAGGCACCUCCUCCACUCAGUCUAUGGUUCACAACAUGGGACCCCGGGUCCAAAGAAGUGGCGUUCCGGCAGUGGCGGCCCUCAAGGAAGACUGCCAAGCCUCGACUUAUCCUCAGUCUCCACCUGCCUACACUCAGACAGUCCCCAAGACUCCUGAACCGCGUCCUACUCCAGCCAUUACUUCCAACUCCAAGCCCAGCCCUCCGCCCAAACUUAGCCCAGCAAACCUGCAGCGCAUGGGGGCCACGCCUGUUAUGAUCCCUGCCCAAACCAAGGCUUUCCAGACUGUGUAGGAGAGACGCUGUUAAAACUUUAAUUCCACAGAAGAAAAGACAAACGCAGCCUCAGGACAUUGCAACCACCAGAAUCCCAAUUUCAAAUCCUCUUCUAUAAUAACCGUAGUUUUCGUUUCUCCGUGCUCACAGUCUACACCAAAUAAACUCACUGAAUGAAAGGCUUGGUCUGCCACGUGUAGACACCUCUGAGCAAAGCAGUGGAUUCAAAAGGACAAAUUGGUGCAGAAUGUGAAGCAGCUGGUUAAUACUUAAUGGAGACGACGGAGCGAGUGAUUCACAUACAGUACACAGAGUAAAAUGUAAAAAUGGAGGACCCUUAGUUUUCCAUGGUACAAUCAAAUAAUCUAGAACUCCUUCUUACCACAAAAACAACCUUCACUCUUGAUAUCAAACCAACACCUGUGGCUGAACUGGUGAAAACCUGACUGGAGGUUAUCUCAGAAGGAGGAAAGUAGGAUAAUUACAAGACUAUGCAGACACAUCACGGGUCCAUCAGCACUGACGUCACAUGCUGAACACCUACAGUGUGUCUCUUCUUCGACACGUUCACGUGGAGAUGUCGUGCAAAAGUUCCUAUUUUCGGUCAUGCAGAAGCGGACUCGUCGUGGACAUUUUAUUUUUGGGAAGCUCUGCGGUGCUCAGUGUGCAGAAAUAUUAUAUAAUCAUUCACGUUAUCAAUGGGGACGUCAGAGACUGUGACACCGUCAAACCCAAACGCAGGCCCCUCCUCACCGUGACGUACAGUUCUGUCAGUUUGGUAGUGGAGUUUUCUCGUGGGGAAUAUAUCGUCGACAGCCGCAUUAGAGAAUAUGAUUUUCAAUCUUCAGCAGUUUGAAUUUGUUCCGGGAGCAGAAGAGGAGCUCGUGAAAUCGUGUUUACUCUCAUAUGGGCUUUAAGUCAAACUUCUGCUUCUACAGUCUUAUACAUCUGCCCUUAAAACAACCUUAGUGCCAUAUGUACAGUAAGGAGUAGGAUUACAAUACUGGUGUAUUCCAAUUAUUUUUCAUGUUAUCUGAAAUGCAUUUACUGUUGAAUUUAUAUAAUUUUUCUUUUUUCAAUGGAUCAUAGUGCAAAUAUUGAAUCUUCAUAUCUUGAUGAGUGGCUAAAAUAGUCCAAAAAUACAGGAACUCAGUCUCUACGGCGGGACAUUGGAAAUAGUCACAGAAAUUCUACCUGUGUUUAAGAUGACAACGUUAGCUAUUAGGAGGCCUUCACUACAGACUACCUACACUACAACAUGGUCUCCAAGAAAACCACUGGUACUUUACAUUUCUGCAAAUCAAUGGCGACUGCUGC